CUGAGAUAAACACGGAACUGUGCAUCCGCGGCUGGGCUCCUCCGUCAGGCUAAGUUCUCCGGCAGCAGAUGUGGCUGAAGAAGAGGAGCCAGUGGUGGCUGGUAGCUCCAGGGAUGCUGGCGCUGGUUCUCCUCAUGAUGCUGCUUUACGGCAGCAGCGAUCAGAAGCAGCAGCAACAGCAGCAGCAGCAGCAGCAGCAGCUGCUGGGCGGAGCUCUGUUCAAGCUGGACCUCCGCUGGCCCAAGAACCCAGACAUCUUCACCGGGGAGGUGUUCUGUGUGGCGGUCAACCAACAAGCUGCUGUGGUCUAUGUGGCGCAGAGAGGGUCCAACAUCCCCAAGGUGCUGGUUUUCACCACAGAUGGAGACUUCCUCAUGUCCUGGAACACGACCACCCUGGAGAUGCCUCACGGCAUGUUUUUAGCAGAUGCGGCGUCCAAAGAGCCCACGGUGUGGAUCACAGACGUGGGGGACGGUCCUUAUGGCCACAGCAUCAAGCAGUACUCGCCAUCAGGGAAACUUCUGCAGGUGCUGGGGACUCCAGGUAAGGCGGGGUCUGGGGUGGACCCGCUGCAGUUUGACCAGCCAGCUGAGAUUUACGUCCACCAGUCUGGGGAGAUGUACAUCGUGGACGGGGAUGGAGGACUCAACAACCGCCUCAUCAAGCUGUCUAAGGACGGGGAGGUGGUGUGGAUGCAUGCGGAGAAAGGAGCGGGCCUGGCGCAGUUCUACAUCCCUCACAGCGUGGCGGUGGACGGCGCCCAGAGGGUGUGGGUGGCAGACAGGGGCAACAAGAGGAUCCAGGUGUUUAAUUCUGUCACAGGCGACUGGCUGGGCAUGUGGGGCAGCUGCUUCACCGACGACGCUCCCUACUCCGUCCGUCUGACCGCAGACAAAAAGCACUUUGUGGUGGUUCAGCUCAACACCAAUCAGAUCAGCAUGCUGGACGCGCCGCCGGUCGGGCUGAUCGGGGAGUGCAGCGUGGCGAGCAUCAUCCAGCUGGCGGACGACGUGAAGCCCCACCUGGUGGACGUGGAUCUGAAGACCGGUGAUCUGUACGUGGCCCAGAUUGGAGCUCAGCAGGCCCAGAAGUUCACUCCCAUCAGCCGGUAGACGCCUGCUGGAUUAACCUGGAUUAUUGGAGGGGGCGGGGCUCUCUGGCCGCCUCCUUCAGAACACUGCUGCUUGUUUCAAAGAUUAAAAUCUGACAGAUGUAAACCCAGUUUAAGUAAUCUGGUACAGGGCUGCCAAAGUUGGCCCUCGAGGGCCACCGUCCUUCAGGUUUUAGAGGUUUCUGCUUCAGAUCAGCUGAUUUCCACUUAUGGCUGAUUAAAAUUAAUUCAUUUAACUUUAUUGAUCUCACAUUGGAUCAAUUUACCUCUAUAUUUAACCCAUCCCCUUGGGGAGCAUUUUAAGAGUCUUAAGUCCCUGAAAAUGAGAACAUCAUGGUUGCUGUAGCGCACAGAUUGUUUACAUCAGGCAUCCCCAAACUCGGUCCUCAAGGCCCGCUGUCCUGCAGGUUUUAGAGGUUUCUCUGCUUCAGCACAGCUGGUUAUAAUGAUUGCAGUAG